CUCAGAUAGUCUUGAUACUUUGACACGCAAGGAUGGCGCGAUCGGCUGCUUUGGGCAUUAUCGGUCUCCUGUCAUCAGUGUUGGCUGCACCAGCACCACAAGUAUGCUCGAUGCUCUCAAACUUGCAGCCUCCCUCAUUGCUACCGAACCCGAAUGCUAAUUCAAAUCUCUAUAUCCCGAUAAUUCAGCCCAAUCCCAACGACGAUGGAGCCAUCAAAGUUAUUAUUCAAAAAGAUAACGUGCCAGAAAGACUGCAAGCUGCUGGUUUCCGGACCUACCCAGUACCAGGCGGAAGUUUUUACAUUCGUCCGAACCCUGAUAUUACCAUUCAACCUCGUCCAAUUGUUAUCAGACCUCCUCAUUUGAAACCAAUCCAACCAUGUCCAGUAGAGGUCCAGCCACCUCCCCUCGCACCAAUAACGCCGCCCCCGAUGACAAUCCGACCACCGCGGUUACGGCCAAUAAAUGUACCACCAAUAUGCGUGAGGCCCAAGCCUUUGGGACUAAUCACGCCGCCGGCUAUCAUGGUCAAACCGCCUUGUCAACAGCCAAUACAACCACCAGCUAUAUUGAUACGUCAGCCGGAGCUACCGUUGAUAACUCCGUCACAAAUAGUGGUGAGACCACCAUCGCCAGCAAAUGUUCAACCACCGACGAUUUGUUUCAAGACAUCAGCCUUGACGAAGGGUAAUGACUGUCCAUACCCUCAACCCGUAUAUCCUUCGAAUAGCUGUUCGUGUUCCAAUUACAACGUUCCGACGGUACCGUCAGACGGCAGAAUGGCAACGGUGACUGUUAUUUGGUUGACGGGUCUUCUCCUGGGUUCAGUUUUCAGUCAACCGCUUCCUAACCCCCAAUACAUAUGCCUCGACUCGUAUAAUAAUCCAGAUCCAUGUCAAAUACCGAUUCCACCGUGCCAGCCUCCACCGUGCCCGCCUCCGCCAUGUCCACCACCACCUUGCCCUGAUCCUUGCCAGAACCCUUGUCCUUGUCCUAAUCCUAACCCACCUUGCAUCAACGUUCCCCCACCUUGUCCUGAACCUAUUCCACCAUGCCCCAACCCAAUCCCACCAUGCGAAAAUCCUGCCCCAUACAAUGACAAUCCAUGUAAUUGUGAAUCGGAUCAAUUGAUAUCUGGAUUUGAUCAAUUUCAAAAUGUGAUUCAACUGAGACCAUGUAACCCAAAUGAACCAGCUGUGAAUUACAUCUACGGUCAAGCUCCUCAGGGAUCGGUUUUAAUAAAACCUGGUCUAAUUCGUUUCCCACCACCUAAACCUAUAAUUGUGAAGCCGGGAACCGUCAAGCCACCAGCACUGCCUAUUAUAUGGGUCAAGCCAGCUGCGAUACGACCUCCGGCGCUCGCCCCGAUACGCGUCCAACCUCCACCGGUUCAACCACCAACUCCUCCGUCGAUAAUGGUCCGGCCACAGCCCGUGUGGCCCCCAAACCCGGAACCAAUCAUUGUCAGGCCACCCCCUGUAAAUCCGCCCACAAUACCGAGGAUUAAGGUAACCCCAUCGAGGAUCCAGCCUCCACCACCUGAUAUGCUCAUCGUUCAGCCCCAGAAAAUAAUCGUUACCCAACCCCCAACAAUCUGCUUCAAGCCUUCACCCCCUUGCUUUAGAACGUGCGGAUGCGCAAGCGUUUCCAUAUUCAAACCUUAUGCCAACCCCAUGCCGCCCUGCCCUCCACCAUCCCCUUGUGGGUGUCCUGGCACUUAAAACGUUUGACCCCCAAUGUAUUUGGUUUAUUAUAUUAAUAUGUAAUCAUGUAUAGUAUUAUAAUUAUUAAGGCGACAUUUGCAAAUUAUUUGAACGAACGAAAAAUACAAAUAACUGAAUGU